AUGGAUUCCCCUCAGGCUGCGACCGAAGAAACACCAAAGAGAGACUGGCGUUUUUGGAUGGUUUUUGUCUGCAUUACCAUCUCUAUAUUUCUGACUGCUCUCGAAUUGUCGUCUGUCACGACUGCCCUUCCGGUCAUUAUCAACGAGCUACAUGGCUCCGAAUUCCUGUGGAUCGGCUCAGCGUACACCUUGUGUUCUACUGCAUUUAUACCACUGAGCGGAGGGCUUGCACAAGCAUUUGGUCGCCGAGUCGUCAUGCUCGGUUCCAUUCUCUUUUUUGCCAUUGGAAGCGCACUUUGCGGGGCAUCUAGUAGUUUGAAUUUUCUGAUAGCAGCGAGAGCCGUUCAAGGUCUUGGCUCAGGUGGAAUAGCUACCAUGACCUACACGAUUCUAGCAGACCUUGUUCCGCUGAAGGAGAGGGGCAUGUUCAAUGGUCUUAUUGCUGUUACAUGGACCAUUGCUGGAGGCAUCGGUCCAGUCGUUGGUGGCACAUUGGCGGAACGUGGGAAGUGGAGGUGGCUCUUUUACCUUAAUAUUCCUAUCUGUGGACUUGCGGGAGCAGUGUGUGCCUUGUUUCUCAAUUUGCGAACACCAGAGGGAAACACUAUUGAUAAAAUCAAACGGAUGGACUGGACUGGAAAUAUUCUAGUUGUCGCUGCCACCACAUCGACUGUUAUUGCACUAACAUGGGGCGGAAUACAGUUUGAGUGGACGUCUGCUCACAUCAUCAUCCCGCUGGUCCUCGGUCUUGUUGGACUAGCUUGUUUCUUUACUUUUGAGGCUAUUGUGCCGAAGUCGCCAAUCGUUCCAUUUCACCUGAUGGCCACCAGAACCGGAUUGAGCGGUUACUUGCAAACCUUUAUUCAACCCGUCACCCUCCUUGGUGUCCUCUACUAUCUUCCGGUGUACUAUCAAGCCUGCAAGGAUGCCUCGCCCAUUGCCUCCGGGGUUGAUGUCUUUGGCAUCCCUUUCGUCACUGCUCCUUUUGCUGUCAUUGUCGGUAUCUCCAUCACAAAAUCAUCCCGCUACCGCCCUCAGACAUGGGUUUCUUGGUCACUUGCUAUCAUCGGCUUUGGCUUAUUCAGCACCCUGAAUGCUGAGACUUCACGUGGAAGGUCGAUCGGGUUCCAGGUUGUGCUUGCCAUGGGUCUCGGAAUGUUAAAUGCUACUACUUUCUUUCCGGUAUUGGCGCCACUCCCUCCAUCCUCAAAUGGCCAUGCACUAGCAUUAUUCACAUUUCUGCGAAAUUUCGCUCAGAUCUGGGGUAUCACUAUUGGUGGCACAGUCCUUCAAAAUGGACUCAAGUCCCGCCUUCCACCUGAGUUCAUUGCUCAAUUUCCCGAAGGCACCGCCGUUGCCUACUCUAUCAUACCGCUCAUCCCAUCAUUGGAAGAGCCUCUUCGCACUGAAGUGCGCAAUGCAUUUGCUGGAAGCUUACAAACAUUAUGGCGAGUAUCCAUUGGUCUCUCCGGCCUUGGACUUCUUGUCAGCCUGGGUAUGAAGGGCCUGCCCUUGCAUACUGCUGUGGAUAUGAACUGGGGAUUGAAGGAAGGAGAGGGUGCUGGUGUAGGGAGUGUUGAAGCUCUCAGAGUCAACGAUGUUGCAAUGAAAAAUUUGGGAAGUAGUGUGGGUGAGGUGGUAGAUGAAUGA